AUGCUGCAGUUUCAGCUGCUUGUGGUGCAUUUGACCCUUGUGGUUACCCUGCUGCAGUGGCAGUCUAGCUCGGUGCUCCUGGCCAAGGCAGCUCCAGAGUCUUUGGAGCCUUCUAAUGUGACAGGCAUGGGAAACCAUCCCCCUGCCAGUGAAGAGAAGUUGGCCAUCGACCUAUCAGCCAAACUGUUCCUCCUUGAUGAGUUAGUGUCACUGGAGAAUGAGGUGACCGAGACCAAGAAGAAGAGAAGCUUCCCAGGAUUUGGCUCCCCAAUUGACAGGAUUUCUUCAAGCUCUGUUGAUACAAAAGGCAAACAGAG